CUGAUCUAACUCCUCCACCUGCUCCUCCACCUGCUCCUCCACCUGCUCCCAGUGGCGACGAUGUUCGACCCGGGGAACAACUCGGCGCUGGUGUUCACGCUGCACGGCUUCAACGACACCCAGGCCAACCGCCAGCUGCUGUUUGCGGUGAGCCUGCUGCUGUACGGCGCCACCGUGCUGGCCAACCUGACGGUGGUGCUGAUCGUCGUGGUGGAGAAGAGCCUCCACGAGCCCAUGUACGUGUUCCUCUGCAACCUGUGCGUGAACGGCGUCUACGGCGCGUCCGGGUUCUACCCCAAGCUGCUCCACGACCUGCUGGCCGACUCCCAGCUCAUCUCGUACGGCGGCUGCCUGACGCAGAUCUUCACCGUCUACUCCUACGUGUUCUGCGAGUACACCAACCUGGCGGUGAUGGCGUACGACCGCUACGUGGCCAUCUGCCGCCCGCUGCAGUACCACCUGAUCAUGACGUGGCGCCGCGUGGCCCAGCUGCUGCUGCUCACCUGGAGCUGGGCGCUGCUGGAGAGCGGGGUGGGCGUGCUCCUCACCAGCCGCCUGCCCCUCUGCCGCCUGCACGUCGACAAGAUCCUCUGCACCAACUGGGCGGUGGUGAAGCUGUCGUGCGUCGACACCAGCGCCAACAACCUCUACGGCUUCCUGCUGAUGGUGGUGCACCUGCUGCAGGCGCUGCUGAUCGCCGUCUCCUACGCCAACAUCAUCCAGGCCUCGCGGACCUCCAAGACCAACCGCCGCAAGUUCUUCCAGACGUGUCUGCCGCACGUCACCACGCUCACCGUGUUCACGCUGUCGCUGAUGUUCGACACGUUGUUCUCCCGCUACGGCGACCCGUACAACCUGCCGGCACUUAGCAACCUGAUGGCGGCCGAGUUCCUGGUGGUCCCGCCCCUCGUCAACCCUCUGGUCUACGGGAUGAACCUGCAGCGCAUCCACAGCCAGCUGCUGCGGGGGCUGGGGGGCAGCAAGGUGCGGCCCCUCACCUGAGACACGGCCUCCACAGAGAACCAUCAGAACCACGGGGACAGACUCAGGGAGGCCACCGCUGGUCAGACCGUACACACCCACAGCUGGUGGGUGUGCAUACCUGGGGAAGAAAUCUGAUGUUUCAUAAGUCGAAAUAAUGUCUU